CUGAACGUGAAAGCCAGUGUUCAUAAACAGCAUUUAGAUGGUUUUCUGUAUUAAAGUUUAUGCCACAAUGGUUAUCAAGAUGCAGUCCUAAUCACUGCACUGGUUAGCCUAUCUCAGGGUUUUUUAUCUUAAGCAGCUUCAUAGCCCAUGGAAUUUGUUUUGACAACAAAUAAAAACAGUUGAAUGCAGGAAAUCAUCAGCGCAAACCUGACACAACUUUCAGUCCUCAGUCUCUGGACUACAAAGAUUUAAGGACUUCAUUCCACUUAUUUGAAAUGUAAAUGAAAGUAGUUGAAUCAUUUAAUUCCAAACCGCCAAAUUCAGUAGUUUCCUCUAUAUCACCUGAUUCGAUGGAUAUGUUCAAGGGAUACCUUAAAAGUGUUACAAGCUUAGUUAACAACCUAGCUGAGAUACCCUGUAGUGACACUGCUGAGGUUUCUUUUAAAAAUAUUGAAAAUCAAAAUGUACCAAAUGAGGACUCUGAUGGCAUCAACUCGUCCAAAAGUAUGUGUGAAACCCAGAAUAGUGAACAUUCCCCGUCAAGUGAAAACUUUGGUGGAUAUUUUAAUUGGAUUCCAAAUCUUCUCACAUCCAGUAGUGAAAGUUCAGUGUUAUACUAUAUGAAUUCACUUGCGUCACUGGGAGUAAAUUCAACUGACGAAAAGCAGAAACAGAUUCCUCAAAAACCUGAAGAGAAAUCGUCAUCAGUAGUUAUAACCGAAGAUAUUUCAGAAAUUGAGGUGUCUAAAACUGAUGGUGAUAAUGCUGAUGAUGAUCCUUCUAGACUGGAAGAAUUUGAAGAAGAAGACAAGUUGUCUGCUUCAAAAAACGAUCUUAACACAGAUUGGAUGGGUGGUAUUUCGGCUAAGACUACUCGUGUGUGGGAGCAAAUAAAACAAGAUUUCAGUGAAGUUGUUCAUUCUGUAUCAGAACCGAAAGACGUUGUGUACCGUACUGCUUCAUCAUUCCGUGAUCAUAUUACAGCGGCUGCAAAUACAGUGAAAAAUAUCGAUCCUAAUGAAUUUCUGCUACCGGAUAUCGAAGAGAAAACAGUCAAGCAACAACAGCCAACUGGGAAUGAAACUGAUGAGUCGGGUAAGAACUUUUCAAUUGUGAACGCGUGUAUAGUCAACGCGGAAAUUUUAAUAUAG